AUGUCGACAUCCACGAUGCCAUCGUCGCAUCUGAAUGGCGCUGGCGUAGUACCCGUGGAACUGCUUCGCGAGGCUGAAUUUCUUCAAAAUCUUCUACAAAUACGCGACCAGGUGUUUGCUAGCAAACAUCCGCGUAUACAUCUUCCCCCCAAGGUCAUCGAGCAGGUUGCACCGCGGCUCCCGCAGUCGACGCCUAACAACAAGAUCUCAGCCAACGGCACCUCGAAUGGAUUUGUUUCGCAAUCAUUGCCCCCGCGUCCGGGUAGCUCGCGCCAGCACGCCACGCCGCCUGUUCCUCCCGCACUGCGACCAUACUCCGCGACUUCAUCUUCCGGCAUCGACCCGGUGUUGCUCACAAAGUCGGAUCACUUGAUCAAGGCUGAGCUGCAGCUCAAGCGACAGCAGAUUGAACGGCAGUUGAAGGAUCAGUUCGAUAAAAAAGGCCGUGGCAGUGACACAGACGAGCGAGAAGCUCUGAUCAACGUGGAAGAGUGUCUUAUCAAGGCUCAUCUGCGUGUACCCCCCGUAUCUGGCUUACGAGCAACGACUAACAACAGCGAUGGCGCGGAGGAGUCGUUUGAUGAGAACUCGUACUACUCUAGUAAGGCGGAUAGUUGGUCAUCGGAUGAGGUUGAUCCCAACCAAAACGCUCAAGCUGAUGCAACAAGUCCACUGACAUCCCAGGCGAAGCAGAUUGUCAGACCUGUAGUUUCCCAGUCACGCCCUGUUGAGCCCACAGUGAUUGAUCUUGACGAAGAAGCGUAUGAGCCGGCUGAUGACAUUGAGAUCUAUGAGCCUGAUUCGACAUUGCUGCAAGACGAUGCUGAAGAAGAAGAUUACUCGCCCCCUCCAGCUGACCUUGGGCCAAAUGAGCCCCCCAGAGGGCGUAUGCGAGCUCGCGGCGCUGGCGACAGGGAACAACAUGGCUCGCGUCGACAAAGUCCAACUGGCCCCGCAGCUCCUGUUAAUAAUCCUCGCAAGCGAAGACGAGACGAGAAACGCGAUGAAAAGCGACGCCAACAGCAAGCCAACAAACGCGUUGAUGCUGACCCCUCGCCAGAGCCCUACAUCAAGCAAGAGCCUCAGUCACCGCCCCAGUUUGGGGCAUACGUUGAUGCGCAACCUAGUAAGCGCAGAGCUCUUCAGUCUUUACCGAACGAUAUGGAUGUGGGUCCAUUGCAAGAGGGUGUCAGAGCGCAACCAGUCUACUACCGCGACCAAGAACAAUCUUCACGCUCAUAUCGUGAGAUUGAGGAGCCAGCUUCACCAACCGUCAUACAUGUACCACAGCGGAGGCUGCAACGUGAUGAGCAGGAUCUGAGGCGGGUCGCAAGCCUCCAAUAUGCACGGAGACCCUAUUCACCAAGUGGCGGCGCCGAGAUGUUCCAGAUACCCGAACCACGCCAGGCCCGAGCCGUGUCCCAUGCGUUUGUAGAUCGAGCGGAGCCACAAAUCUACCGAGAAGCAUCGGCUCGACCGGCAGCUACGCCAAGAUAUAUUCGCGAGCGUUCGCGUUCACCCGUCCUGGAAUACCUUCCUCGUCAGCCUUCACCUAUAUUGAUGGCUCCUCCGCCUCGACGCAUCGUGGUUGAUCAAUAUGGGAACAAGUACUACGCGGCACCCGUGGAGGCAAGAGAGUCCAUGGCACCGCCCAGCCGUAGGAUGGAAGCUGAACCUUUCUAUGAGCGAGCAGUGACUCGAGAGCCAAUCAUGCGAGCGCCUGCUCGUACAGAGAUAUUCGAAGACCAUAGUGGGCAGAGAAUGCCUCCACCACCUCGACGUUAUGUAGAAGCAUCAGACCCCGAGCUGAUGGAGGGCCCGGCUUACCGACAGCGAGAGUCGUCUCGACGUCCAGUGGAAGUGGAAUAUCGGCCGAUGCCGCAGUAUAGUGAGAUGGGCCCGCCGCGAGAGUAUGCGCCCUCGCGAUCGUAUAGUAUGCGACCUGAAGGCAUUCGGAGAGAGGUAGCCGAAGGGUAUAUUCGGCAUGAAAGUGCGCAGCCUGGGCCAGUGCAUGUGUCCCAGCCGCGAUAUCGCGAGGUGAGCACGGCACAUGAGGAGGCUUUUGAUGAACGCCGUUUUCUUAGCGCGCCUCAAAGCCGUCGUUAUGUGGACGAGGGCCCGAUAGAAGUAGGGCAGCCGGCGUUCAACCCGGCUGAGCCGCGACGUGUAUAUACGCGUUAUUGA